AUGAUUUCCCUGAACCUCACUGAAGUGACUGAAUUCAGACUCCUGGGCUUCUCUGAGGUCUCUCACUUGCACUCUUUGCUCUUUUUCCUCUUAUUUUCCCUUUAUAUCCUCACCUUAAUGGCCAACACAGUGAUUGCCCUGCUAAUAAAUACUGAUGCCAGCCUUCACACCCCCAUGUAUUUCUUCCUCACCCAGCUCUCCUAUUUGGAUAUCUGCUACCUCUCAGUCAUCGUCCCCAAGGUCCUGGAGAACCUGGUGGUGGGGACAACAGGCAUUUCCAAGGCAGGGUGUGCCACACAGAUGUUUUUUUUCCUUUUUUUUGGAGUGGCAGAGUGUUUCCUCCUGGCUGCCAUGUCCUUGGACCGCUACGUGGCAAUUUGCUACCCCUUGCAUUACCCCCUCUUGAUGAGCAGCAGGCUCUGCAAGGGCUUGGUGCUUGGGACUUACAGCUGUGGGACUCUUGUAGGUUUGAUCCACACCACCAUAACCUUCAGAUUGCCAUUCUGUGGCCUUGCCAUCAACCAUUUCUUCUGUGAGAUACAGCCCCUCCUGGAGCUCCUCUGUGGCAACACUUUCCCCAGGGAACUCCAAGUCAUCCUGGUGGCUCUUUUUGCCAUUGUAAGUCCCUUUUUGCUGAUUAUUUAUUCCUAUGCCUGCAUCAUCUCCACCAUCCUCAAGCUGCCAUCAGCUGAAAAGCAGCAGAAGGCAUUUUCCACUUGUUCCUCACACCUUUUAGUUGUCACCCUCUUCUAUGGCACAGCCAGCUCCAUGUAUUUACGUCCCAAAUCCAGUUACUCAGCAUCCAUGGACAAGUUGCUCUCCCUUUCCUACACCGUGGUGACUCCUUUGCUGAACCCUCUUAUUUAUAGCUUGAGGAAUGAGGAGGUGAAAGGAGCCCUGAAAAAAAGGUGGAAGAAAAUU